AUGUCGAAGACGCUGAAGAAGAAGAAGCACUGGCUCAGCAAGGUGCAGGAGUGCGCUGUGUCCUGGGCCGGGCCCCCAGGCGACUUGGGCGCCGAGAUCCGGGGCGGCGCGGAGCGCGGCGAGUUCCCCUACCUGGGGCGGCUCCGCGAGGAGCCGGGCGGGGGCACCUGCUGCGUCGUCUCCGGCAAGGCGCCCAGCCCCGGGGAUGUGCUGCUGGAGGUGAACGGGACGCCUGUCAGCGGGCUCACCAACCGGGAUACCCUGGCUGUCAUCCGCCACUUCCGAGAGCCCAUCCGUCUCAAGACUGUGAAGCCAGGCAAAGUCAUUAAUAAAGAUUUGCGACAUUACUUGAGUCUUCAGUUUCAGAAAGGAUCAAUUGACCAUAAACUGCAGCAAGUGAUCAGAGAUAAUCUCUAUUUGAGAACCAUUCCAUGCACUACAAGGGCCCCCAGGGAUGGGGAAGUACCAGGGGUGGACUAUAAUUUCAUUUCUGUUGAACAAUUCAAAGCCCUGGAAGAGAGUGGAGCAUUGUUAGAGAGUGGAACGUAUGAUGGAAACUUCUAUGGAACACCCAAGCCUCCAGCAGAACCUAGCCCUUUCCAGCCAGACCCUGUUGAUCAAGUCCUCUUUGAUAAUGAGUUUGACACAGAAUCCCAAAGGAAACGAACGACUUCAGUCAGCAAGAUGGAAAGAAUGGACAGCUCUCUUCCUGAAGAGGAAGAAGAUGAGGAUAAGGAGGCUGUCAAUGGCAGUGGAAGUGCAGCUGAAAACAGAGAGGCGCACUCCGAAUCAUCUGACUGGAUGAAGACUGUCCCAAGUUACAACCAAACAAAUAGCUCCAUGGACUUUAGAAAUUACAUGAUGAGAGAUGAGAAUUUGGAGCCACUGCCUAAAAACUGGGAAAUGGCCUACACAGAUGCCGGCAUGAUCUACUUCAUUGACCAUAACACCAAGACAACCACCUGGUUGGAUCCCCGUCUUUGUAAAAAAGCCAAAGCCCCUGAAGACUGUGAAGAUGGAGAACUACCUUAUGGUUGGGAGAAAAUAGAGGACCCUCAAUAUGGGACAUACUAUGUUGAUCACCUUAACCAGAAGACUCAAUUUGAAAAUCCAGUGGAGGAAGCCAAAAGGAAAAAACAGUUAGGACCGGCUGACACUGCACCUUCAAAACCAGAUGUAGAAAAAUCUCACUUUACCCGAGACCCGUCUCAGCUUAAAGGUGCCCUUGUUCGAGCAUCACUGAAAAAAAGCACAAUGGGGUUUGGUUUUACCAUUAUUGGUGGAGACAGGCCUGAUGAGUUCCUGCAGGUGAAAAAUGUGCUAAAAGAUGGUCCUGCUGCUCAGGAUGGGAAAAUUGCACCAGGUGAUGUUAUUGUAGACAUCAAUGGCAACUGUGUCCUUGGUCACACUCAUGCAGAUGUUGUCCAGAUGUUUCAGUUGGUACCUGUCAAUCAGUAUGUAAACCUCACUUUAUGUCGUGGUUAUCCACUGCCUGAUGACAAUGAAGAUCCCGUUGUGGACAUUGUUGCUGCUACCCCUGUCAUCAAUGGACAGUCAUUAACUAAGGGAGAGACUUGCAUGAAUACUCAGGAUUUUAAGCCAGGAGCGGUGGUUCUGGAGCAGAAUGGAAAAUCGGGACACACCCUGGCCAGUGAUCGUCUCAAUGGACCAUCAGAUCUCAGUGAACAGAGAGCAUCCAUGGCAUCAUCAGGCAGCUCCCAGCCUGAACUAGUGACUAUUCCUCUCAUUAAAGGCCCUAAAGGCUUCGGGUUUGCAAUUGCUGAUAGCCCAACUGGGCAGAAGGUGAAAAUGAUACUGGAUAGCCAGUGGUGUCAAGGCCUUCAGAAAGGUGAUAUAAUUAAGGAGAUUUACCAUCAAAAUGUACAGAAUCUAACACAUCUCCAGGUGGUAGAAGUGCUAAAGCAGUUUCCAGUAGGUGCAGAUGUGCCUUUGCUUAUCUUUAGAGGAGGUCCUCCUUCACCAACUAAAACUACCAAAAUGAAAACAGAUAAAAAGGAAAAUUCAGGAAGUUUGGAGGCCAUAAAUGAGCCCAUUCCCCAGCCUAUGCCAUUUCCACCCAGCAUAAUCAGGUCAGGAUCCCCAAAAUUGGAUCCUUCUGAGGUCUACCUGAAAUCUAAGACUUUAUAUGAAGAUAAACCACCAAACACCAAAGAUUUGGAUGUUUUUCUUCGGAAACAGGAAUCAGGGUUUGGCUUCAGAGUCCUAGGAGGAGAUGGACCUGACCAGUCUAUAUAUAUUGGGGCUAUCAUUCCUCUGGGUGCAGCUGAGAAAGACGGCCGGCUCCGUGCUGCUGAUGAACUCAUGUGCAUUGAUGGCAUUCCUGUUAAAGGGAAAUCACACAAACAAGUUUUGGAUCUAAUGACGACUGCUGCUCGGAAUGGCCAUGUACUGCUGACCGUCAGAAGAAAGAUCUUCUAUGGUGAGAAACAGUCUGAGGAUGACAGCUCUCAAGCCUUCAUUGCAACACAGAAUGGAUCUCCCCGCCUGAACCGAGCAGAGGCACUGGCCAGGUCUGCACCCCAGGAGGCUUAUGACGUGAUCUUGCAAAGAAAAGAGAAUGAAGGCUUUGGCUUUGUGAUCCUCACCUCCAAAAACAAGCCGCCACCAGGAGUUAUCCCUCAUAAAAUUGGCCGAGUCAUAGAGGGAAGUCCUGCUGAUCGCUGUGGAAAACUGAAGGUUGGAGAUCAUAUUUCAGCUGUCAAUGGACAGUCCAUCAUUGAACUGUCCCAUGAUAACAUUGUUCAGCUGAUCAAAGAUGCUGGUGUCACCGUCACGUUGACUGUCGUUGCUGAAGAAGAGCAUCAUGGUCCACCGUCAGGAACCAACUCAGCCAGGCAAAGCCCGGCCCUGCAGCACAGACCCAUGGGACAGUCACAGGCCAACCAUGUUCCUGGGGACAGAAGUGCCCUAGAAAGUGAAAUUGGGAAAGAUGUCUCCACUUACAGACACUCGUGGUCUGACCACAAGCACCUUGCCCAGCCGGACACCGCAAUGAUUUCAAUUGUAGGCACUCGACACAAUCAGAGCCUUGGCUGUUACCCAGUGGAGUUGGAGAGGGGCUCCCGGGGCUUUGGGUUCAGCCUGCGAGGGGGAAAGGAGUACAAUAUGGGGCUGUUCAUCCUGCGCCUUGCCGAGGACGGUCCUGCUAUCAAGGACGGCAGGAUUCAUGUUGGUGACCAGAUUGUUGAAAUCAACGGGGAGCCUACACAAGGCAUCACACAUACUCGAGCAAUCGAACUCAUUCAGGCUGGUGGGAAUAAAGUUCUUCUUCUUUUGAGGCCAGGAACUGGCUUGAUACCUGACCAUGGUGAUUGGGAUCUUACUAAUCCUUCAUCUUCAAAUGUGAUUUAUGAUGAGCAGUCGCCAUUUCCCCCAUCUUCACAUUCUGCUUCCAUAUUUGAAGAGUCUCCUGUCCCGGUAAUUGAAGAACCUUUAAUGAGAGUUCAGAUACGUGAAAAGGCAGAAGAACUAAAGGACAUCAUGCCUGAAAAGAAAAGCACUUUAAAUGAAAAUCAGUUUGAGAUAAAACAUCAGUCUCUUGCCCCAAAAAAUGUGAAUAAGAAGGAUCCAGCCAAUAGUCAUGGGAGCAGUGAGAAGAAAAAUCUAUUGAAAGUAGAAAAUGGUGUCACACGGAGAGGUAGAUCUGCUAGUCCCAAAAAGUCAGCCAGUCGGUAUUCCGAGGAACAUGUGGAGAAGAUGCCAGGCACUCUGAAAAAUGACCCCAAGAGAAGGCCCAGAGAGCGCUCACUGAGCCCCAGGAAAGGGGAGAACAGAAGUCAGCAAAGCAGAGCCGGUUCUGGACAAGAUCAGUGUGGGAGAAAGCAGCAGAGACGUGCAGGCAGCAAAGACCAGCUCGCUGCGGAAACCAAACCAUUAGCCGGCGAGAGGCGCCACGCAGAGGGCCGUGCAAGUGACCACGCUGAGCAGAACCAGGAAUGGCAAGAAAAACCCAGUGUCAUCAGGAAAGAUGCAAAGCCGAGUCAACCGGGUAAGCACAGAACACGGUCUCCAGAGAAGAAGGGCAAGCGGCUAGGUGAAAAGCCUCUUGCAUCCAGAAAGGCUACAAGUCCUGACACUACUGGUAGAGUAGUAACGGAAAAGGAAAAGGGGAGGAAAGCAACCUUGGGAGAAAUUAGUUCUAGCAAAGACCCAAUAGGAGGAAAUGUCAAACUGUCAGAAAAGCUGAAGCAGGAACCUGAAGACAGAAUGCUUUUAAGCAAAAUAGAAGAUCACAAAGGGAAAGAACCAGAAGCAGCUGACAAAACCAGAGAUGGUGCAGAGCUCAAACCUGAAAGCGGUUCCCCAGCUAAGAAAGCACCCAUUACUCCAGGGCCCUGGAAGGUGCCGCGUGCCAAUAAAGUCACAGGCACUGGUGUGCCAGAAAAACGGCUGUGA